AUGGAAAAACUACAAAUAGGGCCAACCAAAGAGGAAUACACCUUCAUUAACAGGAACCUCCCGUACGAUUUUAAAGAAGAUCUUUCCCAACUCCUGAAACAAAAUAGAGACUUGUUCGCAUUUACACCAGCCGACAUGCCGGGAAUAAACCCCGACCUAAUGUCCCACCGGCUAGCCGUGGACCCCAAAGCUAAACCAGUAGCACAAAGGAGACGGAAAAUGUCACCAGACCGAGCCGCCGAGAUCAAAAGGCAAGUUAAAGCCCUACUCGAAGCCAACUUCAUCAGGGAACUCCCCUACACAACCUGGCUAGCCAACGUCGUGCUAGUGAAAAAAUCUAACGGGAAAUGGCGAAUGUGCGUCGACUACACGGAUCUCAACAAAGCCUGCCCAAAGGACGCCUUUCCCCUACCAAACAUUGACGGAUUAGUAGAUACCGCAUCCGGCCAUCGAUACCUCAGCUUCAUGGACGCAUACUCCGGCUACAACCAGAUUCUGAUGCACCGACCAGACGAAGAAAAAAUAGUGUUCAUCACCCCAGAUGGGACAUACUGCUACACAGUGAUGCCCUUCAGCCUAAAAAAUGCCGGAGCCACCUAUCAAAGACUUGUCAACAAGAUAUUUCAAAACCUAUCCGGAAGCAAACUAGAAGUCUACAUAGACGACAUGCUCGCCAAGAUUGAAUCCGGCGAACAACUCAUCAACGACCUCAAGGUCAUAAUGAACACCCUACGAAAGCACCAAAUGCGACUCAACCCGGCAAAAUGCGCCUUCGGGAUGGAGGCAGGGAAGUUCCUCGGCUCAUUCCAACAUUUCAAGAGAGUCCUAACGGAACCACCAAUCCUCGCCAAACACCAGACAGGGGAGACACUCUACCUAUACCUUUCCAUAACGGAAGAAGCGCUCGCAGCAGCGCUCAUCCGUGAAAACGAGAAGAAAGAACAAAAGCCCGUAUACUUCAUAAGCAAAGUCUUACAAGAUGUGGAAACUCGCUACUCAUGCUUAGAAAAGCUAGCUUUUGCACUCCUCACAGCCGCCCGACGCCUGCGACAAUACUUCCAGGCCCACCCUAUGACGGUCCGAACUGACCAAGUGGUCAAGCAGGUACUACAAAAACCCGACCUAGUGGGAAGAAUGCUAGCGUGGUCCAUCGAGGUAUCCCAAUUCCAGAUUAAGCUCGAACCCCAAAACGCAAUCAAAGCACAAGCCAUGGCCGAUUUCAUCGCCGAGAUGACCCUGGGAAAGCUCACCUCCGAAUCAUGGAAACUACACGUCGACGGCUCGUCAAACGUCACCUAUGGAGGCGCCGGAGUCAUCCUCGAAAGUCAAAACGGGAUCACAAUCGAACAGUCAGUACGAUACGAAUUUCCAGUAUCGAACAACCAAGCAGAAUAUGAGGCCCUCUUGGCAGGCCUAGCCCUAGCCCGGGAAGUCAGAGCAAAGAUCCUGGAGGUGAAUACCGAUUCACAUGUAGUCAGUUCCCAAAUUAACGGAGACUACCAGACACGAGAUCCCCUACUCCAACAAUACCUUGCCAAGGUAAACAAACUGAAAGAAGGAUUCGAACAUGUUACCAUACAACACGUUCCUAGGGAACGAAAUGCCAGGGCAGACCUACUUUCCAAACUAGCCAGCACCAAACCAGGACACGGUAACAAAUUGCUAAUUCAGGAAGUCGUUAAGUCGCCCUUUGUAUCUACAACGACCAACGCUCACCUAACACUCUCGAACCAGGGAUCUUAG